AAGUGCUGCUGAAAUGUCAAGAGCUUUGUGGUCACUGUGUCUGGUCUGUGGCGCUGGAGAGGACCGGCUCUGUAAAUGGAUGCGAUACUGAACUACAGGCCGGAGGGCCGCGAGGAUUACUACGCCCUGCUCGGAUGCGAUGAGCUCUCCUCGGUUGAGCAAAUCUUGGCAGAAUUUAAGGUCAGAGCUCUGGAAUGCCACCCUGACAAGCAUCCAGAAAACUCCAAAGCCGUGGAAACAUUUCAGAAGUUGCAGAAGGCCAAGGAGGUUCUGACCAAUGCAGAGAGCCGCGCCCGCUAUGACCAUUGGCGGAGGAGCCAGAUGUCCAUGCCCUUUGAGCAGUGGGACGCUUUGGACGACUCCGUGAAAACCUCAAUGCACUGGGCUGUCAGAAGUAAGAAAGAUUUGAUGCUGGAAGGAGCUGACCAGACUUCUACCAACACUGUUCAAAACAAGGAAUGGGAUGAACAGAGAGAAACAAAGAAAGGAGAGCCAGGUUCAACCCCAGAGGGAAUGAGGCCAAAGGCACCUGGGUCCCCAGAGGAAGCCAUCUCCCCACAACAUUCAGGUUCCCCAGGUCUCUCAGAUUUGAACUAUGGCCACCUUCGUUUCCGCUGGUCUGGCGACGCUCCCUCAGAACUCCUGCGGAAGUUCAGAAACUACGAAAUUUGAAGUGUUGCUUCUCUGUGAGAGGGGCCAGGUAGCUGACUUUGCUGCCCCCUGUGCAGUUUCUGUUCACGUCUUAAAAAUGUGUGUGUGAGUGGCUCAGGACAGUCAUUCUCGAGCGUGCUUUGUUUUACUUUGGGCUUAGAAUUGAACCCAGGACCUCCUGUACACUCUGUGUCAUCGGCUCUUGCCUCCCGCCCCUCAACAUGUUAAGUGAGGAAAUUGUUCUAAAUCUAGUUUCUUUCAAUAUUUCAGUAAACUAAGGCUCUUAGAGCCACAUAGUUUGUAUCACAUGUGUUGUUUUCUUGUGAUUGUUAUUUGUAGAGAUCUGUUAAAAAUCAUUCCCUGCUAGACACACAAAAAUGUCUUCUGAAUUUUGACUUAAAAUGAAAUGUAGAAUCACUUGUCUGAAUUUCAUAGACCGAAA